AAAGUGAAAACGUUGUCUUUCCCCAUGUCGAGCUUUGUACUAAUUCAGAUAUAGAUACGCAUGCGGCAGGGUUGCAGUGUGUCAGCGCGGGAGGGAGUGUCUGGUUACCAACAGUCAGUGAGAGCUGGAGGUGAUCUUUAACCCAGAUUUCUGCUCUGUGACCUCGUUUCGAUCAGCUGGAGAGAACAAAGAUUUAAUGAGCAUGGAAGACAAUGAUGAAGAGGAGCUCUGCAAUAAGUCCAGUAAUCCACUGGUUCCGCUGGAUAGGCUUAAGGCCACGAUGGAACUUUUUGUGGAGGAACGGACAGAAGCCAAUAUGUGGACAGCUGUACUGAUCGGAGCAGUGAUGGUGAUGUCUGUCGUUGGAGUUGUUGUGUUCCUCCUUUACAGACGAUACAAACUAUCAAAGGAGGAGGCUGGGGUCCCCCACUACCGUUUUAGGAAGCGAGACAAAGUGAUGUUCUACGGCCGAAAGAUCAUGAGAAAGGUUCAGACACUUUCCUCGGUGCCUGCUUCCAACUCAAACUCAGCCGUGCGGCAGCGAGUGAGGAAGAGGACUAAAGUUCUUUCUAUAGCUCGCAAGAUCCUGCGCAUUCGUAGGGAGCCCCCGACCCUGCAGCCCAAGGAGCCUCCUCCCUGCCUGCUGGAGGCUGACCUCACUGAGUUUGACGUGCAGAACUCCCAUUUACCCUCUGAAGUGCUGUACAUGCUGAAAAAUGUCAGGGUGCUCGGGCACUUCGAGAAACCUCUGUUUUUGGAGCUGUGUCGUCACAUGGUGCUGAUCCAGCUGCACCAAGGAGAGGGACUCUUCCGACCCGGUGACACUGAUGACAGCAUUUACGUGGUUCAAGAUGGCCGCCUGGAGCUGUGCGUCCACGAGAAUGAUGGCACCGAUGCCGUAGUGAAGGAGGUGUUACCUGGAGACAGUGUUCACAGUUUGCUCAGCAUCCUGGACAUCAUCACUGGUUACCCAGCACCUUAUAAAACAGUAUCUGCGAGAGCUGCAGUUCCCUCAGCUGUCCUGCGUCUUCCAGCUGCAGCUUUUCAGUCAGUGUUUGAGAAGUAUCCAGAAACUCUGGUUCGUGUCAUCCAGAUCAUAAUGGUGCGGCUUCAGAGAGUGACAUUUCUUGCCUUACACAACUACCUUGGCCUUACCACUGAGCUCUUCAACCCGGAGAGCCAAGCGAUCUCCUUGGUGUCUGUGGCAAACGUUCUGUGUGAGACUCAUCCACACAAAGGUUUCCGCAGGCAGCAGUCUCACUCUGAUGAUCUGGGCUCUGAAAAAGCUGACACGGCAGAAAAGUCCAGCCUCUCUUCCAUGUCCACAUCAAAAACCAAGAGAUCCCGCUCCCUCUCCAACCCGAUUACUGUUACAGGGGAAAUGUCACCUGACUUCAACAGUACAUACGUUCCAGGUGCCAAAGAGGAGACGGUGCCUCAUAGUCCUGUCAAGUCUAUUCUAAAGAAGAGUGUGACAGUGCAGCAAACUCCAUCUGCUGUGUACCAUUACAGUGAUGCAGGAGGAGGAAGUGUCUACCAUAAUAAAGUCAAUGCCAUUUUCCAAGCUGCUAAAAAGGAUUUGCUGCAGGUCAUCCAAUUAAAGGACCCCAGUCUGCUGGAUGGGAGGGUGAAUCUUCGCCAGGUCAAAGCUGGAUCUGUUGUAGGCCACCAGGGAGACCAGGACGUGAGUGUGGCCUUUGUCAUCUCAGGGCUGCUCCAUGUCUAUCAGCGUAUGAUAGACCGCGAAGAGGAGACCCUGCUUUUUGUUACUCACCCCGGGGAGUUGGUGGGUCACCUGGCUGUCCUCACAGGGGAACCCCUCAUCUUCACAGUGCGAGCGCACCGAGACUGCACCUACCUCUCCAUUUCCAAGGCCCAUUUCUAUGAGAUUAUGCGCGAGGAGCCCAGGGUGGUGCUGAAUGUGGCUCACACUGUGGUGAAGAGGAUGUCGCCAUUUGUUAGACAGAUCGACUUUGCCCUGGACUGGAUGGCUGUGGAGGCUGGACGUGCCGUCUACAGACAGGGAGACAAGUCAGACAGCACCUUCAUCGUCCUCAGUGGCCGACUGCGCUCUGUCAUUGCAAAGGAUGAUGGGAAAAAAGAGCUUGCCGGGGAGUAUGGCCGCGGAGAUCUAAUUGGUGUGGUUGAGGCCCUGACCCACAUGAACCGAGCCACCACAGUCCAUGCUGUUAGGGACUCAGAGCUGGCCAAGCUCCCUGAAGGAGCUCUGAACUCGAUCAAGAGGAGAUAUCCCCAGGUUGUCACUAGGCUGAUUCAUCUGCUGGGGCAGAAGAUUCUGGGCAACAUGCAACAGGUCACUGGACCCCUGGCUGCUCGUAGUUUAGGUCUCCACACGCCUACCAGCAAGUGGGAUGCUGGCAACCCAGUCUCCAACCUGUCCACUGUGGCCAUCCUGCCUGUGUCCGAGGAGGUUCCACUCACUGCAUUCACUCUGGAGCUACAGCAUGCGCUCUGUGGCAUUGGUCCCACUUUACUCCUGACCAGUGACAACAUAAAACAGCGCCUGGGUUCUGCUGCUCUGGACAGUGUCCACGAGUACCGCCUGUCCAGUUGGCUUGGCCAGCAGGAAGACAUCCAUCGCAUCGUCCUCUACCAGUCUGAUCCCAGCCUCACACCAUGGACCCAGCGCUGCAUCCGCCAGGCUGACUGCAUCAUCAUUGUGGGACUGGGUGAGCAGGAGCCCACAGUGGGCGAGUUGGAGCGAAUGUUGGAGAGUAGUGCAGUCCGAGCCCAGAAGCAACUCGUGCUGCUUCACAGAGAGGACGGCCCACCGCCCAGAGGGACGGCAGAGUGGCUCAACAUGCGAAGCUGGAUCUCCAGACACCAUCAUCUGUGUUGCCCCCGCAGGGUGUUCUCCAGGAGGAGUCUACCCAAGCUGAGGGAGUUAUACCAGCGUGUGUUUGAAAAAUGUCCAGAUCGUCAUUCUGACUUCUCCCGCCUGGCCAGGAUCUUGACCGGAAACAGUAUCGCCCUGGUGCUAGGUGGAGGGGGCGCAAGAGGCUGCUCUCAGGUGGGCAUCCUGCGGGCACUCAACGAGGCGGGGAUCCCUGUGGACAUGGUGGGUGGCACCUCCAUUGGCUCGUUCAUGGGAGCACUGUAUGCUGAGGAGAAGAGCAUCAGUCGAAUGAGGGUCCGGGCACACGAGUGGGCCAUGGGUAUGACUUCAUACUUUAAGAAGAUCUUGGAUCUGACAUACCCAGUUACCUCCAUGUUUUCUGGAGCCUCCUUCAACUCCAGCAUUAGCUCAGUCUUCAAGAACAAACAGAUAGAGGACCUGUGGUUACCGUAUUUCAACAUUACAACAGAUAUCACAGCUUCCGCUAUGAGAGUUCAUACUGACGGUUCGUUGUGGCGUUAUGUCCGGGCCAGCAUGUCUCUGUCAGGUUACCUGCCACCGCUUUGUGAUCCCAAAGAUGGACAUCUGCUCAUGGAUGGAGGUUACAUCAACAACCUACCUGCUGACGUGGCUCGCUCCAUGGGUGCCAAGGUUGUGAUCGCAAUCGAUGUUGGAAGUCGAGAUGAGACCAAUCUGACCAACUACGGUGAUUAUCUGAAUGGCUGGUGGUUGCUGUGGAAGCGGUUCAAUCCACUGGCUGAGAAAGUCAAGGUCCUGAACAUGGCAGAGAUCCAAACACGGCUUGCUUACGUCUGCUGCGUGCGGCAGCUGGAGCUGGUCAAAGACAGCGACUACUGCGAGUACAUCCGACCGCCUAUCGACCGCUACGGCACACUGGAGUUUGGCAAGUUCGAUGAGAUUGCUGAGGUGGGGUACCAGCAUGGGAAGACACUGUUUGAUGUGUGGCAGCGCAGCGGUGUGGUGGACAGUAUGCUUAAGGACCGACAUCAGGAGGAGUUUCAUAAGACCAAAACUGGUCACGUGGUCACAUGUCCAAAUGCCUCCUUCACUGACCUGGCAGAGAUUGUGUCGAGAAUUGAACCCGUCAAGAAUGCUUUAAUCGAGGAGGAACUCUCCGAUGAGUACCAGACAGACUACGAUGAAGAGGCGGUGGAAAGUGCACUGUCUGACUAUGAGGCGUUCACCCCCGGUAGUGAGCACACAGAGGAGGAGGAGGAGGAAGAGACGGCAGAUACUGCUGAAACUGAUGAAGACGUUCCAGUCAGAGUUCGGCGCCGAUUGAAGAACCCCCUGCAAAGUGCUCCUCUGUGAUUUCUUGUCAGGUGUGCUAUGACUGGAGCACAGUGCUCACUCUCCAGUGCAGUGUUGGCUGUGGUCCAGUGAGCAGCGACAUAACACGCUUACUGAACACUUCAGUAAGGUACAGUCGAUGCUGCCUUCAGACAGUCACAAGUUGCUGUCGUGGUCUCCUUCGGGCUGAUGCGAUGCUCUCCUACUGUCGGAGCACCUGUAAAGUUAGGCAGUUUGGCAGAAUAGAAGUUUUAAUAAUGAAAUGAAUACAUCUUAAAAAAACAA